GAAAAAAAAAUUCUGUCUUUUAAAGGUAAUGGAAGCAAAGACUGUGGUGAUUCCAGCUCCUUGCUUCCUGCCGAGGGAGAGGAAAUGGACCAGGCUUCUCCUAGUAAGGAUCCCAUGGACUUGAAAGACGCUGGUGUUUCGUUAAAUGUGGUUGAGCCAACCCCGAUCCAGUCAGGCCAGCAGACCAUGUUCUGGCAAGUCAUGCAGGAGGAGGAUGGGGAUGCAGAUUCUUUGGAGGGACUCUUGGUGCCCAAACCAGACCAGUCUUCCAAUCCAGAAGAAGAAGAAGAGCAGGUUUUCAUCCAGUUUCCUGUCGAAAGUGAGAGAAUUACAGAUCACGAAACAGGUAACGAAAAGAGGCCUUGGAUGCAACUGAAGAGCUCCCAGACGGAAGGAGAGACGGAGACACUGACCGAAUUCUCACCAUGGAACGUUCCCGCAACGACGACCCUUCAUGAACCAAGUUGCGAGGCCAGCGUGGAGCAGGGGAAGGUGCCGCUCGAGACAGAGCCCAGAGAGGCUUUGGAAAACUUUAUAGCGCUCUGUAGUGAAACCUCUGAACUGCAGUCUAUGGCAGACGAAUCUUUGGCUUCAGACUAUUGUCGGAAAUACCACUACAAACCAGGAUUCGUGAUGACCUACCCGGGUGAGGAGGGCCCCACCGAAUGUCCAACUUGGGUAGAAAACAGCCAACAAAAACUGUGUCCGAGAAUUCAACCGGGGGAAAAGCCUUUCGGAUGUCCCGAAUGUGGGAAAUGCUUCCGGCAGAAAGAACAUUUAAUGCACCAUCAGCAACUCCACGGGGUUGAGAUCCCUCAUGGGUAUUCCGAUAUUGGCAAAAUAUUCCAAGAAAGAGAACAUUUGUUGAGAGGUCUCCGGGCGGGGAAGAGACUUUACGAAUGUCCCGAGUGCGGGAAAAACUUUCCUACCCGCGAAACUUUGAUAAGACACGUGAGAAUCCACACGGGGGAGAGGCCCUUCGAAUGCCCUCAGUGCGGCCAGUUCUUCAGACAGCGGGCUCACUUGAUACGCCACCAGCGGAUCCACACAGGAGAAAGGCCCUAUGCGUGUCCCGAGUGUGGGAGAAGCUUCUCUCGGCGCGACAGCUUGAUCGACCAUCAAAGGAAGCACGUCCACGAGAAGCCUUAUCAGUGUCCGGAGUGCGGGAAAAGCUUUUGCCACAAAGGGGCUCUGCUGAAGCACCAGCGCAUCCACGUGACGACAAUUGUCGUCUGAAAACCUCCGCAUCCGGUACACAAAAACUCAAAUUGCAACGGUUCUGUGUUUGUUCUUUGUUCUGAUUAAACGUUAUCUAGAGAA